GGGCCCCAAGAUCUUCAACGGCGCAGCCGGCCCGCGCCGCCCGGCGGCCCUCUCUCUCCAUCGAAGGAUCUUCGGACGGCGCCCGAGAUCGGUUCCUCCGCGCGUCGUGGUUGAGAUCCCUCGCAUAGGAUAUCGGCAUGGCUGGCGAAGGCAUCUCGAUAGAUGAAUUUAUGGAGUACGACUCGAUGGUCAGGCAGACAUUUAAAAGUGAGAACGAAGCGUACAAGUUCUACUUAGGGUAUGCGAAGAACAAAGGGUUUGGUGUUAGAAAGGGCGAUCUGAAAUAUAAGGGAAACAAGGAAAAUGCAUACCGGAGGACGUUUGUGUGUUGCAAACAAGGAUAUCGUGACGUAAAGCACUUUGAUGAAACCGACAAGAAAAGGACGCCAAGGGCACUCUCUCGGUGUGGUUGUCCUGCUCUUUUGCAGGUUGAGCUUCAAGCAAGCACUGGGUUGUGGUUUGUAAAGAAUUUUGUUGACCAACAUAGCCAUCCAUUCAUAAAUCCUGAGUUGUCACCUUUCUUGUGGUCUCAUCGUGGCAUGACCGAUCCACAGAAGGCGGAUGUCAUUGAGUACUCGGUUGGUGGACUUCGCACACAUCAGAUAAUGGAUGUGAUGGAGAAGCAGGCUGGUGGUUUGGGCAAGGUUGGAUUUAUAUCUCGCGAUCUGUAUAACCAUGUCGCGUUGGAGAAGAAGAAAAAGAUAGAAGGUAGCGAUGCUCAAUUUAUGCUGAACUACAUGACAGCACAACAGAUGAAAGACCCAGAUUUUUUUUACAGAUACACCACAGACAGUGAUGGGCAUCUGCAGAACAUAUUCUGGGCAGACGCCCAAUCUCGCUUGGACUAUGUUGCAUUUGGUGGUGUGGUGGUGUUUGACAGCACAUACCGGUCAAACAAAUAUAGGUUGCCGUUUGUUCCAUUUGUGGGGCUGAACCAUCACCGCAGCACAGUCGUGUUUGGGGUUGGUCUUGUAUCCGACGAGUCGGCUGACUCAUAUGAGUGGCUGCUUCAGCUGGCAUAUAGAGCAGAAUAUGGUGCUUCACCUCUGAAAGGAAAAGCUUAA